AGUCUAUAAACAGUGGUAAAAUACCAGCAACUGGUAUUAUUAACGUGUGGAACGUGCAUAAGUGUUAAAAAUCAUAAAAAAUUUACUCAAAAUGAAAUCUUUUGCUGUGUGUUUUGCGGUAUUGGCCAUCGUGGCCUUCGCCUAUGGUCUGCCCCAACAACGUGAGGGUGCUGCCUACACCAACGAGGCCAUACGUCAAGCUCAACAAACCUUCCUGAUACCCAAAGAUGCUCAAAUCCAAAAUGUGCAAGAGGGCAUUGAAUUGGGAGCCUACGAACAAAUACCCGGCAAUCAACGCAUCAAUCUGUUUGAAAUCUUAGGCGAUCAAGUUCCCUCGGAGGUAAUCAACAACUUACAGGCUCAAGUAGAUCAAAUCGGUAGAAAUUAAAUUUAUUAAUUAAACUGUUAUUGUAUCCUUAAAAAAAAAACAAAAGCGAAACAUUAAACCUCUUUCAUUACAUUUCAUUGUUAUUUAUGCUCGAAAUAUGGCUAAUUAAUACUGGGAUUCGAACCCAGAUGUGGCCUACGAAAACAUUGUUGUUAAAUUUUAAUUUUUUUGUUAUUUCAAAUUGUAUUAUUUUUAUGUUGUUAAUGUUUUUCUGUUUAGUUUUAAAAUAAAUAAUUUAGAAAAAAUUUUAUUGUAACCAAA